AUGUCUCACAGUCCUCCACUGGAGGAUCCGGUCGUCGUUCCAGUCUGGAUCUAUAACUUCGCCAAAUAUAUUUCACGGGGCAAGUACAUUUUUGCUAUCCUGUGUGCGAGCGCUCUGGUCAUCAUUUUGUUUGGCCUUGGGAUAGCAAGUUACGCACUAAUAAGAUACAUCGAUAGAAGAUGGCCGGCUCCAGUCCUUGUAGGGGCUUACACGCCUAAAACCCUCGACGAGCUUUGUUGGGUGUACGGAUGGUCCUCACCUGGUAGCAAGGAACGCGUCAUCAUCAACCUUCCUGCAGGCCCAAUAUUUAACCUACUCCGUUCUCAAUCAUCUGGAGAGGCUAUCCCUCAAACAGUUAACAACGGCGACAAUGCACCCAUUGCAGAAGCGGAGCGAUUGUCACAAAUAGCGUCCACCACAUCCUCGACAAUAGUGACAGUCAACUACCGUCUGGGGGUUUCCCCAGCCACUCCUAACGAACUAACCCUUAACCAAAACCCGUACAAAUACCCUACUCCCAUCCAUGACACACUCGCCGGGUUCGACUGGGUCCAGAAGACUCUUCAACCCCAGCGCCUAGGGAUCCUAGGCACGCACAUCGGCGGCUCCCUCGCUCUCAUGCUCUCCCUAACAGAAGCAAUAUCCAUCCAAGCAGUAGCGGCCAUUGACCCCAUCUGCGACUGGACUUCGCUUGAUGAGCAUUGCAUUCAACAACCGCCCUCCAGUGAUGCUGAUGGACACAUUAUAUCAAGCAGCAGCAGGAAAGGCCCCCGCGGAGGAGGAACUGCACCCCACGACCUCGUUUCCCUUCUUACCGCAAGAAAAGCGUUUUUCUCCACUCCCGAGAGAUAUUUCGACGCAUUUGCGUCGCCGUUGCUAUUUCUUCGCUCGCCAGGGAAGAAUGUUCCUCGUUCUUUCCCGGAGUAUCUCACCGGUCCGGAGUACCCCAUUCCUAUUCUGAAAGCCAAAGAAAGUGUAUCUGCGGAAGAUGAUCUCAUCGAUCACUUCUGGGAUGUGAAUCUUGGGGAAGAGGACAGCAUGAGUGAGGUGUCUAGUAACUGUGAGACAAAACGAGGUCCGCCUCGUCGGCGGAAGGCGCUCUCCCGAUGGCCUCCGUUCGGCCUUGAUUACGGGACUAGUGGUCCGGCGUGGCAUAAUCCUCGUCAUGGGAUCAAGCGCCUCGAGAUGGAACUUCCUUGGGUGAGGAUCUUUGCUCGAGUUGAUGAUUCUGUCUCAAUAUCGAAAGCCUCUACAAAGAACAAGAAUACAAAGCCAAGCGUGCUAUCUCAGCAGGCCAAUGAAAUGAUCGAUGUCAUGCGAAGAUCUUGCUUCUGGGGGCGCGAAAAGGGAUAUAGCGAGAGUAGAGUCACUCUCUGUUCAUAUCCACAUGAUCAGCAGGUGGAUGAUGCAAGGGAAUUGGCGGGCCUAUGGCUACGAGAGAAGACGGCGGAUUGA